AUGACCCAGAGACACCCUGUUAGGCUUCUGUUUUUUGUCAGUUUGGCAUUACACAUCAUCCACUUGGGAGACAACAGUUAUCAAGGAGAGAAACAUAAGGGUAACAGAGAAGAAAUCAACAAUGCUACAGCACAGAAGCUCCAGCAGAAAACACUCAACUGGAUGCUGAAUAAUUUUGGAGAGGGGAAUGGAAGCAUGGAUGGCUGGCGGCCCCAGGAUUCAAGUCCCUACCUCAGGGCUUUCCAAGGUGGCGCGCCCCCGCCGCUGCGCUGCUGCAGGAAUGGCGGCACCUGCGUCCUGGGCAGCUUCUGCGUAUGCCCCGCCCACUUCACCGGCAGUUAUUGCGAGCACGACCAGAGGCAGAGGGAAUGCGGCGCCCUGAUGCACGGAGCCUGGACCCUCCACCGCUGCCGCCUUUGCAGGUGUGUGUUCGCAGCUCUGCACUGUUUCCCCCAGCAGACGCCCGGCAGCUGCGACCUGGAAGAUUUUGUCGCCGCACGCUCCAGUGGACUGAGUGCACAACGCAUGCUGAGUGUUCUCUUCCUUCUUCCGUGCUUGUUCUUCCAAAGCCUCCUCAGGGAAGGGGGAGACUGCUGACCAGACCCUAGAGGACCGAACCCACAGUUCCACAUCAGCAGAGCCUUGGCAUCCCCGCGCAGCCUGAGCUAGCAUGGUCCUCUCUGGGAAAGCCGGAACUUGGGCAGCCUCUCAUUUUCUGUGUUGUAGGGAAUAGGUUUGUUUCAUCUCCUAUCAACUGAUGCAUUCGAUGAAUAUUUUCAUUGUUUAAUAAAUAUUUU